AUGCCGGAAACGGAGCUUCCUACCACCGGGCAAACACCGGACACUAUCACCGAGCAAACACAAGAAAUCAGCCAAGACGAGACCACCGAUCAGCGAGCACACAACAAGAGCCAAAAUGGUACCAACCAGCAGCAAGAUCAAGAAACCAAGGGCAAACAUGAGCCCACGCCCACGAGUGACCGCCUCAUGCUGGAGCUCCGCAAGUACAUCCUGCUGCUGGCCACGCUGGUGGCCACGGUGACGUACGCCGCCGCGUUCAGCCCGCCGGGGGACGUCUGGCAGGAGACGGCUGCCGGCCACCUCGCUGGCGAGCCCAUCAUCCGGGACACCCACCGCCACCGGUACCUGGUGUUCUUCUACUGCAACGCCACCGCGUUCGCCGCGUCGCUCGUGGUCAUCGUCAUCAUCCUCAUCCUCGCCUCCCUCGACGAUGUGGAGGGCUCCACCUCCGCAAUCGUCCGCAAGUACAAGGACAACCGCUGGGUCGCCGUUCGGCCGCUGCAGGUGGCCAUGGUGUUGGACCUGCUCAGCCUCAUGGGAGCCUACGCUGCCGGCACCUGCCGGGACACCUUCACCACCAUCUACUCCUCUGUGCUGGUGGGCGUCGUCAUCGCCUACCUCCUGAUUCAGAUGGGGGUGGCCUGUUUCACCGACUCCGGCGGCUCCGGUAGCGUCCCCGCACGCAAAGUCGAUGAACGGCCCCCCGAGGAGACGAUUGCUUCGCUGCCUGGCAAGAACUCCGACUCCGGCUCCGGUGGCGUGCCCAAGGUCGAAGAAGAAAAGGAAAAGGAAAAAGAAAAGGAAGAAGAAGGGUUCCGCAAGCGCAAGGUCCUGAUGCUUCUUGCGACGUUCGCCGUGAGCAUCACGUACGUGGCCGGGCUGAGCACGCCGGGGGGCUUCUGGGACAGCACCGACGACGGCCACCGCCCCGGCGACGCCAUUCUCAAGGACCUUCACAACACGCGCCUUGCAGCGUUCUUCGGCUUCAACACCAUGUCAUUCGUCGCGUCACUGCUCAUCAUCGUGGUGCUUCUGAACAGGAAGCUCCGUGAGACACAUGCGAACAUAUUCAUCGUGGUCGCGCUGGUCAGCCUCAUCGGCGCCUACACCGCCGGCAGCUGCAGGCAGACCGACACGACUGUCUACGUCGUCAGCUUAGUUGGUGCCGUGCUGGUAUGCAUUUCGUUCCUCCUGUUGGUUGUUUGGGCCAUCGACUUCAGGAGGAAGCAAAAGUCAGCGGCACAACCAGAAAUGACAAAUCAUCAUGAGAAGGAGAAGGCAACGGACCAAGCUCGAUCUCUUGUCCUGCUGCUUGCCACUCUUGCGGCGACAAUCACCUAUCAAGCGGGGCUGAACCCGCCCGGCGGCGUUUGGCAGGACAACAUGGACGGCAACAAGGCCGGCGAUCCAAUCCUUCUGACAACGAAUGCCCGGCGGUACAGAGCUUUCUACUACUGCAACUCGGUCUCCUUCGUGGCGUCCUUAGUCGCCACCAUCUUGGCCGAAAAGAAGCUUCUGCUAAAGCACCACGUCCUCGAGGCAGUGAUGAUACUGGACCUGUUCGGCCUCAUCGGUGCAUACGCCGCCGGAAGCUGCCGGGAUGUGAGCACCUCCAUUUACGCCAUGGCCUUGGCAGGUGCUGUCCUUGUCUAUGUGGUGAUCCAUGUCAUCUUCAUCACGCUGGACCACACGGGCAGAAGCAAGGAGGAUGAUGACGAGUUGGUGGAGAAGACGCGCAAGCGGUUGCUCCUCUUCGCGAUCUUGGCAGCAACCAUCACCUACCAAGCUGGCCUCACUCCUCCAGGCGGUUUCUUGCUCCAAGAUGACCAGUCCGGGCACCACGCUGGCGACCCGAUCCUCUUGUACAACUUUCCGCGCCGCUACAAGUCCUUCUUCUACUGCAACUCGGUGAGCUUCAUGUUGUCCAUCGCCCUCGUCCUCCUCCUCGUCAACCCCAACCUGUACAGGCCAGCCAUACGAAGCCACGCGCUAUCCGUUUGCACGGCGGCAGGCUUAUUUGGCCUUUUGGGCGCCUACGCCGCCGGAAGCACACAACACUUGAAGACAUCCAUCUACACAUUCGUGCUGGUGGCGGUGGUCAUCUGCUUCAUAGGACUAUUGUUCCUGGUGUUUUUGUUCGCGGGCAGCAGCACACAAGCGGCGGUGCCCACCAUCGGCAACAACAACACAACACAAGAACAAGCAAUGGAGGUGAGCACCGAACAGGAGGAGGCCACCAAGAAAAAGAAAGAGAAAAAGAGAAUACAUGCCAUGCGCAAAUACCUCAUGUUGCUAGGAAUCCUUGUGGCAAGCGUCACCUACCAGGCCGGCCUAGAACCACCAGGCAGAGCUUGGCAGAGCGGCGGUGACGGGCACGAGGCCGGCAACCCGGUCAUGCAUGACAACAGGAGGCCCCGGUACCUCGCCUUCUUCUACAGCAAUUCCACUUCGUUCAUGGCAUCCAUUGUGGUCAUCCUGCUGCUACUGGUACCGAAGAAGAUAUUUGAAAACCAGACAGAGCUCAGGAGAUGGCUUGUGGUGAUGAACACAGCAAUUGUGCUGGAUUUGCUUGGCCUCCUAGGUGCCUACGCAGCCGGCUCAAGCAGAGGGUGGAAGACAUCUGUGUAUGUCUUCGUUCUUGUCAUAGCCGUGGCGGCCUACAUGGCAAUCCAUCUCUUUUUGUCCUGGAUCAGCAAGAGAAGCAACCCGAUCACCCAGGAAGAUAAUCAGAAACAACAUGACGCGCAAGUGUGAUCCCAUUAUCAGUAUCCUCUGCAGCUAUGUGCCUCUGUUCUUGCAGGGUACAAGAGCCAAUCCAUACAAACCAGCCAAUCCCAAGGCAAUUGCUCAUCUAUACAUUUAUUUGGCAAAACCAGCCGUUCAUGACGACAACAGGAGGCACCUGUACAUCAUUGUCAUUGUACUCUAGUCUAGGCAUCUUUAUUUUGUUAAAUACAUGUACAUGUAGUACACUAUAUUUGAGCUUGACAUCAAUACAACAAGUCUAGUUUUCCAA